CUCCACGCUCAACUAAUUUCCGUCUAAGUGUGAGCUGGCAACGCAUUCAUCGAUCCACCAUCAUCCUCAUUAGCAUCACCUCAGCUACCAUCGCUUACUCGCACACACAACCCUCCAACAGUGUGUAAUCGUAUUCUCGCAUUCAACCCAUCCCCUUCUACAGAGGGCAUUCUCUGCUCUCUUUCCCCUCUCUUACCUUCCACGCUUGCUCUUUUAUCCAGAACAGUCGAAGUCUGUAUUUUUCCGUUAGCAGGACGACAAACCAACUUCAACCCGCAGUAUCCUUCACAGACCACCGCGUCCUGCUAUAUGCUAGACCAACUAUAACCGUUAGCUGUUCUUUAAGCAUCCAAGACCUCACCUGUCUCACGCACCAUGGCAGGAAGUGCUAUCAACCUGGUGGACUAUAACACGACCACGGCCUUCUGGACCUUUUUGAUCUACUGCCUCGUUGUGAUAUUCGUCGCGGUUUUCUUCCUUUUCUAUGCAAGUCGAGUCUUCGCCCAGCUUCUAUCCAAGCUCAUCAGAUGGUUCACCUGGCGACAUUUGCAGGCUUACAUUGAAUUUGAGUCUUUGCAGAUUGCGCCUUUAGGCGGCAGAAUUCUAUUCAAAAACUUUCGCUAUCAUUCAAGAAACCAAUCUAUCACAGUCUUGCACGGAUUCGUCUCCUUUCGAUACUGGCUGUGGAAUGUAAGGACCGAAGAUGACCCCAUACCCGAGGAUUCUACCGGAUCAAAGGAGGCUGGUGCUGGCACAACAGACGAGGACAACUGCAGGAUCACUUGUCAUCUUGUUGGCCUUGAAUGGUUUAUGUACAACCGGACGCCAGCAUACGACGUGCUCGCCACAACUCUUGGCUUAAAUCCGGAUGGGAUGCCGCUUGACACCACUCCGGACGCUGCGAACCCAAGUGUCUCUGUAAAUAUGGACACUGAAAAACAGGAUGACGAGCCAGCAGACUCUUGGUUCCGACGUUGCUUGCCGGUCAAAAUUGUCUGUGAAACUGGCGCCAUCAUUAUGGGCAAUGCUCAUUUGCCAUCGCUUCUUGUCGCUUCCUUUCCGUCCGCGCAUGGAAUGUACUCUGCUACAAAGACGCGCUCGUCGCUGGAUAAAUACAAGACGGUUCUUCUGGUCACCUUUGAAACGCCGUCGAUUGAUUUUAAACCAAACGCGGAUUAUAAUACUGGGAUCGCUGGAAGACAUAUGGGAACCGAUAUUCCAGAUAUCACUCGUUUACCUCCGAGCGGACCAAGCCGACUUCAACAAAUUAUUCGGCCACUGAAGGCUACGUGGACUUCGUAUUUUGGAGUAUCACGGGAAGUAGCAGAAGAGUGGCAUGGUCUACCACGCUACAACCAGAAUGUAUCCUACGAAAAUUUAAAGGAAAACAGCUUCAGCGAGUACGCAAUGGUCCGCAAUGUAUUACAAUGUAAUGAGCUGGGAUUGCGGUACUACACAGACAUCGCGGGAACUGUGCCCGAGUCCUCUCAAAAUAGCCCUCAUGCUGAGUAUGAUCUUCCGCCAGAAUGGGGGAUGGAGCUAAUCAUAGACGAAGCAGUGAUCUCGUACGGUCCUUGGGCAGAUAGACAGCGCUCAGAGAUUCAAAACUUUUAUUUUCCAAAUGCCUAUCGAACUUUGAGCCCAAUGGUGGAGGCCAUGCCCGGCCAAGACCGUAUUCAUGCCGCCCUGCAGAUCAUGGUGACCUUCAGCUCUUCUGUUACCAUCAAAAUUCCAACGCAAGAGAAAUCAAAAGACUGGAAGUACACCGACCCUGAGUUCCAAGCUGUGCAAGGAGGAAAGUCAAUGCGACCGUACGGUUGGCUUGAGUUGAAGGCUGCGCAUGGCUCUAUGAUCUCCGUCGACAUCCCCAUGGUUUAUGGUGCUGAUGGCUACAAGAAUGUCGUUCUUGUCGAUCUACAGAAUCUUGUCGUGACAUCUAGUGUCAACUACGCUCCUGUCAUUAAUCUCAAGGAACUGAAGAUGGUAUGCCAGCUUCAGAACCCGUUGGUCUGGAAUGCUCAGAGAGAUUGGGACUUUGAAAUCACGCUCGAUACGCCAAAGAUCUUUAUUCUUCGCGACCAUAUUACGCUCAUUCAGGAUCUCUCCAAAGACUGGACAUCAGGACCACCCAUCGACAUGGCUCAUUUUGUGCCGUUCAAGUAUGAAUUCGAUAUCAAGUUACCAAAUUUCCAGCUAUAUACUUACGUGAACGAGCAUAACAUCAUCAAUGAGCCGACUGAGAUUGACGAAAAUGCGUUCAUCAUCGCGGCCGGACAGGCCCUUGACUGCAAGGUCGUCCUACCCUUUGUGCAAUACAGCCCCGAAAUUACUACCAUCACAUUUGAUGUGGAGAUUCGCAAUGGUGGUCUCGAGAUCCAGUUGCCGCUCGCCCACACGCUUGGAGAGUUCUCGACAGCCGACUCAAAGAAGUUUGCAACUAUACCGUCUGUUGCUAUCAAAGGAACAUACGAGUACUACGAUUUCGUGGACCCCAGCCAUCUCGAAUCAUUGAAUCUCGAUGUUAAGGGCCACGGAGUGACGAUCAAGAUGUUUGGAAACGUUGUUCGCUACAUCCUCAUCUUGAUGGAUAACUACGCGGGAUUGUAUCUUAACUUUGUUACAAUGGAAGAGUACCGGAAGAAGCGAAUUGAUGCUGUAGGAACGGAAAAGGCGGAGCAAAAGCAAGCCGAUGCCAAACCACCCAGCGAUGCCUUUGAGGUCUACGUUCAUUUUCUUAUCACAGACACCACACUCAUGCUGCCAGAAAACCUUUACAGCAGCGAAAACUUUUCACAGAUUACUUGCGCCGAAUUGCAGCUCGAUCUUAGGAACCUGGAUGUCUAUAUGGAUAUGCAUGUGAACGUGAGUCCAUUGACAUGGAGUAGAGAUAUCAGGGACGCUGGAAGCCCCGAAGUAAAGCCGUCCGCUGGCGAUCAUAACUACCUUUUCGUUGAUGGGAUUUCAAUCUAUGCACAUCGACUCUUUGGACCGCUGCCCAAAACGACGACGUACGUUGCGAAUUGGACCCUAGAUAUAGGGUCAAUAUACGGCCAGAUUAAGCCUUCAUUCCUUCUGGGCGUAUCCUCCUUUGCCAAGUCAUUUGUAUACAAUCUAAAGGAUGGAGAUAAUGCCUUUCCACCCGAAUACGCGACUGUCAUACCGCCUGAUAUUACGUUCGUCGACCUUAGUGUCAAGGAAGUUGAUAUUUCUAUCUGGGGCGAAGAUGUUGUCAGUCAGAUCUUGUUGAAGGACGGCAUCAUCGUGCAAUUCGACGACGUUAUCAAUGAGCGAUAUAUGGGGCGAGUGGUGGUGAAAAUGCAGUCUUUGCUCGUUCGCUCAAUGGCGUUGACUGACGCUAGCAAAGAUGACCAUAAGGGAGAACCAGACCCGUCGCACCAAGAUCAUGCACCCUGGGUGGAGAUCGCUAGUUUGAAUUGUGCGUUCGAUGUCACGGUGUAUCAAGGAGCCGGUGACUGGAGAGAAAGACGCGAGAAGCAGCAAGCUUUCGUUCGGGAGCAGGACAGGGAAACGCUGCGGUGCCCUUACAUAUACAGCAGGAAAGGACAAGAGUCAAGAAAAGUAUUACCGCAUCCCAACCUGAAGGGAAACCAUUUCGGAACCAUUUAUGUGCCGCCCCUUACAUCCGACCCAGCAGCCAUGAAAGGUGAUACGAUAGGCAGCAGUGACUCGAUUGUAGAAGUGCCAAGCGAGGAUGGAUCUAUGUUUGAGUACGCUUCAAAUGCGAGCUCAGCAUCUUCAGGUCCGAGGUUAUCGGUGCGCAGGUCCACUUCUUCGUUUUCUAUUGGUGCGUCUGCAGAGAGCGACUCCGGAAGCGAAAGUGAGUCUCACGGCUCUAACGAUCGUGACUGGCCCGAUAUCGACUCUGACGACCUCGAACUUCGGUACUCCAGCGAGGAGGGAGACUCAGAGAGUGAAUAUGACUACACAGAGAUCCUGCAAGUAGGCCCAGAGGCAGAUGAGAUUAAAAACUCAUCCACAGUCCCCGCGAGAUCAAUUCCAUACAGCAGCUAUCUCAAGAGGUAUACUGUGUCAAGCACCCGAGCAGCUUACCACCGACAACCGUAUCUGCCCCCGCCCAGAGUCAGGUUCACUCAAUCACAGUCAGGGGAGAUCUUGGAAGACGUGCCAAGACAUCAUCCGCGUGCCAACUUUGAUGAGGCGUUUGGUAUCAAAGGAGAUUACCACGGCUCGAUUUCAUCCGCUCAGCCGAAAGGAAACGAAAAGUCCGAUGAAAAACGGACAACAAUUAUUGUUGAGGCGACUCAGGACGUUAAAAUCCUGCUGACCCCCAUCCUGCUCAAGAUUAUCCAGGAGUUUCUCGAAGCAAUCAAUGCGGAGGAAUGGGAUUUAGAGACCAUGCUGGACGUCACUCAGAUGGAGUAUGUCGAACUCCUGACGCGCAUGCAGCCCAGCAAAAUGCACUCUCAGCAGUUUAUGGUCAACGUACCCCGUGUUCACCUCCGCUUUAUUCAGGACGUGAUGAUGCCCGACGCGCUCAAUGGGGCUGACGAUAUCAACAUGAUCAAGACGCGAUAUGAGCUGUCUGGUGCCAAUCUAUGCGCGAUUGACAUUGUUCUGGAUGACGCUGCUAUCAUUGCCGCAGUGAAGUACGAGGACGAGGAGUUCGAGAAGUUCGAGCCAGGGAAGAUCCAUAUCGCGUCCUUUAAGGUGGUCGAGUCAAGAGCGAAUGUGGACUUUUCAAGGUUCAAGCUAAAUGCCCGCUUUGUCUCCGCCUCGACAGCCAGGAUUUUUGGUAUCCCGGACGCACGACAUCAGUUCUCUCAUCUUGGUAUCAAUCAUCUUAGCUACCUGAAGGAGCCCGUCAUUGCCGACAUUUCGUUCGAGCGGUUUCAGCUACGACUGAUUCGGACCGCUAAUCCCAACUACUUUUCAGCGAACCUGGAGAAGUUAUCGGUGCUUUUUAUCAACCAGUCUGCUGAAAUCGUCGCCGGGUCGAUUUGCUCUUGGUUGACUUUUGUAAAGGAUCUUAAGACUAUUCUUAACCGAUUUCAGCUUCGUCGAUCCAAGCAGCUGCAGACUCUGUUUUCAGAAAUCGCUCGCUUCUCGGCUCAAAAGGCGAUCAAUACCGACCCUGUAUUCUUGACCAGACCAUCGACAACGCUACGCCUGGGAACGAUGAUCUACCGAAAUGAUGAUGGCUGGAAACUGCUUGCGCAUAUUCGGCAUUGCAUGCGCCUGAUGCCACCGACUCUCUCGAAUACAUUGCAGGAGGCAUUGAAGAAGCCCGAAUUAGAGUCGUUUAGCACGGAUACGAUGUACGACAUUGUGAUCGCUGUGUUUUCUAAAUGGCGUAGCUGGGAAAUGGACGACCUCCGACAUUGUCGACUGUUUUCGGAUGUCUUCGAGAGAAAGCGUGUGUUGGAUGCGGACAGCGCGGCAACAAUGAAAGAGUCCUGGAUGUACGAGCUACUGCGAUAUUCCGCUAAUUCGAUACAGUUGAGUCUAGGUGAGCUAGAGGCGGCUAUCUACGACGAACAACAGGAGAACCGGACAAGAAUCACUGGCCUUGAGCUCAUAUUCGAGUCACGAUACAAGGCCGAUGUGCUUGCUCAGGCAGGGCUAUUCCCAGGAGUCCCCAUUUCGGAUGAGACAAAUCGGCUUAAUACAGGCUUCCUCGAUAUUGCGGUCAAGACGGGCUUUAAGAGUGCGGAAGUCGAUCUAAACCCUGUUAUCAUCGCAUUCACAAGGCAUAUUUUAAGGAUCGAGCGCAUUUUCACGCCCCAGGUUAACAAGAUUCUCGAAUCCGCGAUUGACAAGCGUCCCCUAGAUGUGCGCAGGUCUUUUGAGAAUCCUUCAUCCCCUCGCCAGUCCAUCCACUUGCCUCGCGAGACAACGGCAGUCUCCAAUGCAGACGAUGGGCCAACCAUUCUGCAGGUUAUCAACAGAUUUGACGUCGUGUUCAACGGCAUGGCAGUCGUUGAGACUAUUCGGAUCACAUUAACGGCGCACAAUCUAUCGGCCCAAAUCAUUUUCUCGCAGAUUCAACUCUCUGCACUUAACUUCGCAAAACAGCGUACAUUCCCGAACCAGGAUAUUGAAGGCAUUUCUGUGGCAAAAAGCUCUGGGUCCAAUCCAGAUGGAUCUCCGAUAGUGAGAUCGGGAUACAACAAACUGAUCGCUUCCAUCGCCACCAACAUCAGCAGCAUUAACUCCUCGCUCAAGGAACGAGUGUACUCCAAGGACCAUGCGGGCCCAAUGCCGACCAAGGAGCUCCUGCAGUUCGGGAUCGUCGGAAUAAACUCAGAGGCUACUCUCAGUCAGUUCACGCCCGCGAAACGGCCCAAGCAAACCAAGGCCAGCGUUCCUCGCGAGGUUAUCAACCUUCUGGUAACAUUCAAACAAGUGAACAUUGCCCUACCACGCAGCAUCCUGAAGCUGUAUUUAUUCGCGAAGGAUUGGCGAGAGGAGAACAUGCAGAGCUUCGAUUUCUUGUUCCAGGGAGUCAUGAACGAGCUGGAGGCUGAUCGAAAGCGGCAGCCCAAGACGGUGACGCCCUCUACGCUACGGGAGUUGAAGGUCCAGAUUGUUCUCAAGACCCUUACGCUCGAAUCUCACAUGCUGCCGUCACUCCUCUUCCAGUACGAAGCCGGCGACUUGAUGGUGAUGUUUCACGACGUUCCCCCAGGGCUCCAGUACUCCGUGCCUCGGCUCACAUACACUGCGCAACUGCUCCGACAGUCCGUGGACUUUAUUGCGAACCAGCCAAAGACGAGGGGAGGUGACCGUCUGAGGCUUCAGGAGGACAAGCAUGCCGCUAGCUUCUCGCUGCCUGUUAUCCGCGCCUCCGGCAGCGUAAUGAACGUUGUCGACUCCGCUACUCCUGUUCGUACAAGGCGUGCGUCGAUUUCUGCGCUUGCUCGCGGAGCACGCCACCCCAAGAAACUGGAAUCUUCAAUGUCCUUCGACUUUGUGGAAAUGACCUUGAAUGUCAACAUGCUGGACCAUAUCUUGACGGCACAAUCACUCCUGGGUGCAGAGGCAAAUGAACUCAUCGACAUCCUGUCGAAGGGAUCGAAAACAGGCCCUGGGCCAACUUCACCGGCGAUAACCCCCACUCCGAGUGAUUCCACUCUUCUGUAUUCUGUUAAUGUGUCACUGGUAGGACUCAGUAUCGCUGCUGUCAGUCCUUCUGCUGUUCUUUAUUUCGAAUCAGAUCUACUCAAAGGUUUCAUCACCAACAACCCCAAUCCUGCCCCUGCGUCGGUUAUAUCUCCCACCUCGGAAAUCGUCAAAAAUAAGCUGGCCUGGCAGCUGUACGCUCAGAGCAUCACGUUGUCCUUGAACCACCAUGUUGGGAACAUCCGGAUGGGAUCGCGAGCGGAGGAUAUCCGCGCCCGGAAGCUCCGACUGGCGUAUAUCACCAUCCGACUCAACGUACAGAACUUCAGACCCAAAGUAUCAAAUCAGGACCAUGUGGUGCAGACAUCUGUCAACUCGUUUUACGUGAGUUUUCUGAAGGUUCAUGCCCUAAUGCAGCCUCAAUCCGUGAGCAGAAUCAUUGGGCUCUACUCUUACUACACUCACGAAUUGGAACGACGGAAGGAACUGAAGGCAUCGGACAUGGCAAAGUUGGCUGACAAUACCAAGCGGAUCAUCAAAACGCUUGAAGUUGAGGUUCCCACCUACAAGGAUAACACGCGCUCCAUACUCGAGGCCACUGAGAUCACUCUGAGCAUUGACGACGUGGCGGUUGCGAUUCCACUGGACCGGCGCGAGGACAUUAUGGACAGCAGCGAGAGACUAGUCGAAGCUUUCAUGGUCUCUGCCACCUCUAUUACGAUCCUGACGAAAAGCGGUGAAACGUCAGAGGGAGAGCUGAAUCAACUGUGUGCCCAGUUCGUGCCAAGGUUCGACCAGAGUAAGGACGAGCACUUUCGGUCACGAAGUCAUCCCAAGAUGAACCGUCUGCUCUUCCCCGGUAUAGCUUGUCAAGUCGAAGCGACCAAGGACUCUCCAGGGCAUCAGAAGGUUUCAUCCAAGGCUACCGUCUCUGGAUUUGAACUCGAUAUCGAUCCUAACAUUGUUCGGUACAUCAACACACUCAGCGAUGUCUACGACAACAGCAAGGGGCUUGUCACAUCGUUGGCAGUCGAGCAGGCCGCCUCUGCAGUGCCGACUACCAAAUCCGAAGGAGCCUUGUCGACGAACACGCCGAAUAUUGUCAAGGGUGAAGUGCCCACACCGCAGACCUCAAGCAACGUUAUCUGGAAGAUCGAGAAUACAUUCCAAUGCAAGACUAGUGUCUGCCGCUUCUAUCCCAAAAGCUACGUUUCCAAGCUCCCCAAGGCAUCCAAGUUUAUGGACUCGGAACCCAACGUUGCUCAUGUGGGAGCAGAGGUAUCGGGAGUGGAUCGGUUUAUUAUUCCUGGUCUUUCCCUCUGGACAAGUCUUCGUAUUCCUUUGGGGGAUAACCUUUUGGAACUCGAGGCAGCAGGCCCCCCUAGAGUACACGCCGAGGUGAACAUUCACUCUUGCGAGAACACCUUUUACCCAUCGCUGGUACCUUUCUUUCAGGACGUCGUGUCUGGCCUUAAGGUUGGGAUUCGACAGCAGCGACAAUACUCAAAGCCGGAGAUGGUCGUACCCAUUGUAUCAUCGACGGCGCAUGUUUCCGGCAAUUCAGGAGAUGAGCUCGCCUUGGUUGCACCCUCGUCUUCAGGACAGGAUAGCAACGCUCUCCAGCAGAUGAUGGGCAAGCGACAGGAGCUGGUCGUUACUUGCUACCUCUUUAUUGAGAAAACUAGGAUCGAGUUCAACUGCCAGCCCAUGGCCAAGGUCAUGUCAGUUUUGACUCUUGAGCAAGGCAAUAUCUUGAUGAGCUAUAACUCUGACAGAGCAGGAAACUCUUCGACUACAAUCGCAGGUACAUUCGAGGGCGCGUCUUCCGAUACACACCACAUCUUUUCACAGGACAAGGGGUUCCGCCUUAUAACCAAAGGAAUGAUCUUCAAUGCCGUCGCAGAGACUAAGAGGCAGGCCGUCGUUAACAAGAAGGCUUUAUCUGUAACGGUCGACUUCAGACAGAUAGCCGUGGACUUUGAUUUGCGACAAGCGGAGAUCCUUGUGCUGAUGAAGAUGAUCUGGAUGGAUCAGGCGAACUAUCUUAUUCGUGAUGGACUAACUGCGAGUCGAUCUACCAGCGGUUCUCAAGGAUUUGAAGCGUCUUCCCUGUCUCAACCUUCCCCAGGAGGAUUUGCCGGCCCUUCUACGAGCACUGGAGCUGCUGAACCUGCAACAGGAGCGGUAUUGGUAUCCGAAAAGCGCGAGUCGAGCUUUCUUGGAUAUAACGUCUUUGUUGUGGCGCGCUUGCAACAGAUGAAGAUCACGGGCGAUCUUGGGUCGCAGAUCGGCAAGAUGGACUUUAAACUGGACGAGGUUCGACUUCGUACGAAGCUUCGCCCUUUCCACCCGAGAUCGGCAUCUAUCUCUAUAGGUCCGCUUGAUCUCCAAUUCUUGCCCAUGGAUCGUGGCUGGCUGGAAGGAUACGUGAUCAUGGAGGGCAUCACCCUGGAGACUCUUUCAAAGGUGAACCGACACCCGACCUUCCCGUGCUCUAUCGUGGAGAUUGUUCUGCAGACGAAACGGAUGACAUCCAUUCUGUCCUAUGACUACAAGAAGUUCUUCAUCCUAGCAGUUGAACCAGCUCGGUUGGUCUUGCAGGAUGACUGGAAGAGCCCCAAUAUGGAGCGGGAUGUAUCGCAGGUGAUAAUAGCGCACCUUGACGGCCUUCGGUUACUAGCAGGAGCGAAAACUGUUCCCGUGUUCAAGAACCUGGUGUCUCGCCUGACGAGCACCAUGGAACAAAAGGUUUCAGCUGCCGAGCAGGAGCUCAAGAAGCCACUGCCUUCAGCAUCUACGCUCCAGCCAAGUGCUUCCGCUGAUAUACAUCCAUCAAUAUCUGAGCCGAAUCUGGCCGAUUUACAGGGCCAUGUCCACCCAGCCUGGAAUACCGUUGGCCGAGUGCAGAUAUCCAUCGGCGAUCUCAACCUGUCCUUCUUCCCGUACUUUUUGUCCGACAAAGAGUGCACCCAUGCCAGCAUCCAAGGUGUAAAGACAAGACUUGAAAGAGACUUGAGUUACCCCGAGAACGACAAGCCGGUGAUUCAUCGCAGAACCACUAUAGAGCUGGGGCUUUUGAGCCUUCAAAAGUAUAUACUUCAGGUUAUUGAUCAGAGUGCGACGAACUCGUUUACGUUGGAGCAAUGGUUCGAUCGUAUCCGCAAUCCGAGCUCCACCACGAUUGCCAAGGUACCCAGGACCACACAGAUCAUGGAGUCCUGGCAGGCUCUGGAUAGUCAUGUAAUCGAACACAUUUGCAAGACGGACUUUGGAGGACUCAUCGAUAUCACGACUGACUACCGAUUGUUUCGAGGCGUCGAGAAGAAUUUCCAGAGGUUCUUGGAGGAGCUGAGCAUUAGAAAUUUCAUCGAUAUGAAGAACCUGGCCGAUGAUGCUGUCGUACCAACUGUCGGCGCGACUACAGGCGAUACUCCGGUCGGAGCAGCGAACGUGAUGGCAGGAGUAGACGUGGUAACAGAACAGCUGAGAGGGACUCAACCCCUAUCGAGAGUGAACAGUCAUGACCCUACACUGGCCAUCGCUAACGGUUUAGGGCAAGCCUCGGUAUCCAAUUCGCUCGACGUUAUCAUUCCUGGUGCAUCUUCUGGUAUUAGCAAGAGUGAAGCAACCUCAGCCGUGAGCGGAACGACGACAGUACUAGAAGGUGCAGUGUAUGGAGAGCCUCUCUUGACCCUCUCACCCUCUUCGCCCAUACUGAACGAAGUCCCAGUAACCACAGUGUCCUCAAAGUCAUCUACACCUUCCGCCCAGACCAAUAUCAAGAUCGAUGGCGGAGCGGGUGGGCCUGCAGUUAUACAGCCCAGUGUCAGUAGUGCUGGAUCUGGAUCUGGAUCUGGAGGAGGAUUAGAGACAGGAAACGGAGACGACGCUGCAGGAACAAGCGCAGAUAGAGACUUCACUGGUGCAUCCCAAGCAACAACCUUAAAUCAGUCGGGUCAGCCAGCAGAGGCCAGUAAAGGAGCUCAAUUGACGUUCCAGGCGCGCGAGCAGAUUGUAUUCAAGCCUGCGCUGGACGUCUUGCCAAAUACACCUUUGCCUCUCGGGCACUUGGGAUUCAAGAAGGAAGAUAUCCCACCGAUCAUUCACGUGGCGACAAUGGCGCUCGAAACCGGCCUACUGACUGUAGCAGAGAUCCAUGCAAAGAAAGUUGAGAUGUCCGGUUUGCGGGAUCUCUGGGAGGGUAAAAUAAUCAUGGACGACGAGGAAAUCGAGAAGUAGCCAGAAGAUACGAUCGCGUACAGUUAUAUUUCUCUACAAGUUGAUAAAGCAUUCUUCGUUCAAAAGUUA